UCAACCACUUCCAACCAUCGUCUUGACGCGUUGUAUGCAUCAAAAGAAACCAGACGAACAAUGUGUUGUAGCGUCUCGACGUCGCAGGCUCCCACCGCCGCCUGCGUUGUAGCAUGCAUCUCGCCGGAACUUGGAGCCUUUUGCUUUCUCCACGCCUCCGCACGCAACGUCGACGGGCGCCGGCAGCGGUUUCGGCUCACUAACAGGCAGCCGCUUCUGAUGGACUGGGAGUGGCAGAGGCAACGAUGAACACAUUUCGCUAAAGAUGCCGUAGCUAUGUUGGUGCAGUGGCGUUGAAGGAUCGUGCACGGC